GGUGGGGAAACAGGAACGGAGGUUGAUGUUUUGUUGUCUUGCGAGAGCGUGUUUUUAUUUUGCCCAGGAGAAGUAUGCAGCAGAAUUUCACAGCAGCAAAUGCGAACGAGAAGUAAUUGCUGCGUUUUUGCAAUAUGAAGAAUGGACGAAGACGAUGUGAGCAUCAGAGAGCAGAAUUUCCACAGUCAAGUGCGAGAGUAUAUUGUUUGUUUCUUACUGUUUGCUAUCCUGUACAUAGCCUCCUACUUCAUCAUUACCAGGUAUAAAAGGAAAGCUGAUGAUCAUGAAGAUGAAGAUGCCAUAGUCAACAGAAUAUCGCUUUACUUGUGCACAUUCACAUUGGCUGUCUCUGCUGGGGCAGUGCUGCUUCUGCCAUUUUCCAUAAUCAGUAAUGAGAUCCUACUUUCAUUCCCCAAAAACUACUACAUACAGUGGCUUAAUGGAUCAUUAAUCCACGGUCUUUGGAAUCUGGUUUCUCUGUUUUCCAACUUCUGUUUAUUUAUGCUUAUGCCAUUUGCUUAUUUCUUUCUGGAAUCAGAAGGAUUUGCUGGUUCAAAAAAGGGAAUUAAGGCUCGAAUUUUGGAAACAUUUGUUAUGCUUAUAUUGCUUGGCUUGCUCAUUUUGGGAAUUGUUUGGGUGGCUUCAGCUCUGCUUGAUAAUGAUGCAGCAAGCAAGGAAUCUCUGUAUGACCUUUGGGAGUUUUAUCUCCCUUAUUUAUAUUCUUGUAUUUCAUUAAUGGGAGGCCUACUUCUGCUUUUAUGCACACCUGUUGGUCUCUCCAGGAUGUUUACAGUAAUGGGCCAGUUAUUAGUAAAGCCAACAAUUCUUGAAGACCUUGAUGAGCAAAUACAUUGCAUUUGUCUAGAAGAGGAGGCUCUUCAAAGAAGAUUAAAUGGAAUGACAUCACGUGCUAAAUAUAAUCCAGGUAACCUGAGGAUGGAGCUGGACAAUGUAAGGAGCAUGAAAAAUAAAUUAGAGAGACGCAAAAAAGCAUCAGUAUGGGAAAAGAAUUUGGCAUAUCCUGUGGUCAUGGUAAUAUUACUCGCAGGAACAGCAAUCUCUGUCUUUCUUGUCGCUCUCAACAUCCUGUACUUGUUAGUUGACGAGACUGCAAUGCCAAAAGGAUCAAAGGAGCAAGGAAUAGGGAGCUCAUCAUUAUUCACAUUUGGAUUUGUUGGAGCAGCCCUUGAAAUCUUUCUGAUUUUCUAUCUAAUGGUGUCUUCUGUCGUUGGCUUCUAUAGCCUUCGUGUCUUUGAAGGCCUGACACCAAUGAAAGAUGAUACUACCAUGACAACGAUUAUUGGGUGUUGUGUCUCAAUACUUGUUCUCAGUUCUGCGUUGCCAGUUAUGUCACGGACUUUGGGUAUUACAAGAUUUGAUCUGCUGGGAGACUUUGGAAGAUUCAACUGGUUGGGCAAUUUCUACAUUGUAUUAUCAUACAAUUUAUUGUUUGCAGUUGUAACCACUCUGUGUCUAGUCAGAAAGUUCACCUCACCUGUGCGAGAGGAUCUUCUGAAAGCAUUAGGUCUUAAUAAAUUGCACCUGCCCAACAGCACCAGUACUAGGGAUCCAGAGAUAGCCAAGCAUUCUGCAAAUGGACACCAGAAAUCACUGUGAGCGCAAGACAAAUGAAUAAUCAAAAUUACGCCAAUGGGAGACAAGAACAUUUAAUCAUCAUGGCAUUCCAAGAUUUUCUUUCUGUUUCUGCAUUUGUUGAAAUCUUAAAGAAAGACAGCAUAAAGCAUAAUAUUUUUUACUGUUUUACAUGGUAAUAGUUUUUAAAAUUAUGCAACCUUAUCACAUUUCAUCAAUUGUGUCUCUUAUUGUGCAAUGUAUCAUAGGGGGAACACAAUGUAGGAUUGUAUCUUGAGGAGAGCUAUUGAAAAAGUGGUAUAAGAUGCAUAUGAAUACUAUAUCUCAGGAAUUUUUUUUUUUAUAUUCAAUUUUCAUUCUUCCAUUUUACCACCUCCAUGAAAUACACAUUCAUUAUUCCUCAGAAACAUAAUAAUGUGCAUAGUCAUUCAUUAUAAUUUACAAUUGAAUUAUUUUCUUGGAGGGACAAGUAAACAUUAUGCCGUGCAUCAGGCUUUACAUAAAAAAGAAACAAAAAACAAAACUAAAUAUCAAUGCCUUCAUCAGUAUAAUAAAAAGUAAUUGUAACAGGUUUUUCUGAGUUGAUUACUCACUGAACAGAAGGCUGGGAUGGCUGACCUUUCUUUACUGUUGCAUAGGUGUACAAAUAUUCAAAACUGGCAAUGCCUCACAAUUGUAUUAAAUUAAGAAAAAACAUUUUCUUUGGGCAUCAUGCAUUCAUUUUUUUGUGUCUUUAAUGCAGGAUAUGAUAAAGAGACCUGAAAGUGGAAUGGAUAGUUAUCCUUAGUUUUUUUCAUAAAUGAUUUAAAGUAAUGUUUAUUUGAAAUAAACAAAAAAUGUAAAAUGGACAGCCAACAUCUAUCUUUGUGUAAAUGUAGGCUUAAGUGGUUUUAGUAAAUGAGAAGUAGGUUUGUUACUAUCCCGAGUGUCAUUCGCCCAUAAAACGUUUUAUAAUUAGGUGCUGAGGGACAGUACAGUGAACUGGUGAAGAAGUCUAUGCCAGUAAAUAAUUAGGACAUGUUUGUGAUAGGUGUAGUAGACUCCCUUUUGUGCCUUUAUGCGUAUAUAGUUAAUAUUGUAACAGUUAAAUUGCAAAACCUGAUUUUAUUACCUUUGGAAAAUAGUGAUUCAGUGGUUUUUUUCAGUAUUGUGGCAGGUAUAUUCUAGAACCAACAGUUACUGAAUUAAUAUAUAAGAAUAUGUGUGCAUAUAUGUUAUAUUUAUAUAUGUAUAUUAAAGAAAAAUAUUAUUUUAAGUAAUUGUAUUGGUUAAAAAUAUGAAAUGCCAUGCCACAAAUUUUAAUUAAGCAAAUUUAUCUUCAUAUUAUUUUUUUAUUACUGUAUUAAUGCUGUAGGAUGAUGCCUAUAUCUACUAUAGUUGAGGUAUUAUUGCUCAUAUUUGUUAUCAGAUUGUUAAGAAGUGGAUCGUGAGGUGUCUUCCCAACAUUGCACCCCCCCUUCCCCCCAAAUAUGGUCAUGCCUGAUCAUGCAGUUUUUAAGUCUGGUGUUUUUUUUUCACCACACUGUAUAAAGGAGUGUGUUAUUGUUUAUUAUUAGAAAGAUUUAUAAUGUUUCAGUGGUAAAUAUGCACAUUAAUACUUCAUUACUUUCUUUCCUAAUGUUAAAGUUUUCUAAUACAUUUCACUGGCACUACCUAACAUUUUUUUCAGUCAUACAUUAGUUCUAUGUAAUUUUAUCCCCCUGCCUCCCAGUGCUCCUUUUAUUACAUAUUCAUUAAGUGCAUUGCUGUUUUUCCUUACAGUAAAAACUGUCAUUGCUACUUAUAUAACAGGCAUUAUCAUUUGACGUAAAAAUCAGACACAUAUGCCUUAUGAACAUAAAAAAUGUUUUGCCGAGUCCAAGACACUCUGAUUUAUUGUGUUUGUUAAUGACAAAUUCACUGUGAGCAAUACUAGUUAUUAACAAAUCAGAACAUGUGUGUAGUAAGGGUUCCUUUAAAUUAUAAUAAACAAAACCCUGGGACAUUUACAUAUGGUUUAUAAAUCCUUGAACUUUUGAAAUAAAAAAGGCAUUUGAGAUUAUUCUGGUUAAUUGCAUGCUGCAUUUGCCUAAUUACAAGGUUCCUCCAAUAACUGCAAUGGCAAAUUCCUGAAUUUUUAAAUGCACUUGAUUCAGAUGUUAUCAUCCACAUUUGAUUUGGUUAAAUAAUGGUAUUUAGCUUUACAACAAAGAUGCAAAAAAGAACUUCCCAAAUGUUUUCUUAGUUUUUGGUAGAUUAUAAAGAAGAAAUGAUAAUCAUAGAUUUUUGUGUUUUAAAUUGUGUUGUUUGAUGAUUUUCUGUUUCAUACACAUUCAAACGUUGCUAUAUUUGAAUCUAAUGUGAAUAGUUUGGAAAAACUGAUGAAUGCAAAUCAUCCUUAGUUUUUGUGUAUUACUUUGUAAGGUAAUGGGAUGGAAAAAAAACUUAAGAAAGUCACUUUUCCAACAAAAUCAACUUGUCUGUCUGAUGAAUGAGUUCUGAAAAUGUUCAAAGAUGAAUCUUGCUUUGUGUUGAUUUUUGUAAUUACGUAUGUCUAAUUUCCUUGUUGUAUGAUACAUUUAAUGCUGCAGACAAGCUAUACACAUUACAAGCCAUUUAGUGAAGAUGCUUUUUUUGCAACCUUGUAUGUUUUUGUUAAGUGAAACUUAAGUAUUCAUUUUGUAUCCAUCCUUCUAUUCAAGGUUUACCUUAAAAAUGUAUUCAGUGUUUCAGUUCCCACAUUUUAACCAACAUACCAUUCAAUUCAUACUCAUUAAAACCAGCAGUAAUAUUCAUUACAGAUAACAAGGUUGGUAAAAUGACAUAUAUAUUUGUGCCAAUCUCAAGAAUAUAUACUGUAUUUUUUGUUACCUGUAUGAUCUAAAUGUGAUUUGUGGGUAUGAGCAAAUUGCUAAACUGGUCAAAAUGCUAAAGGCCUUAUUGCUGCUUGAAAGAAAAUUGUUAGUGACCAAACAUAUUCAUUCAAUGCAAGCCAUAUUUAAUGCCCAUAUGUUUAAUACAUUUAUAAUUUGAAUCUUCGAAAGUCUUAACUGGAAUACUAUAUGGAAUUGUUGUCUGCUAACUAUAAGUUUCAGUGUUGCAGUAGUGUCAUUUGUUUUUUACUUUUGCUUUUUGACACAUAAUUGUUAUUCCUUCCUCAGAGGUAAAGACCAUCACAAGAAGUAAUUUUUUAGUCUACCUCUUUUUGUUUUCAAAAAGUUUUUUUCUUUGUUUUUUUUGGCUUACUCACUCUUGUAUAUUAUGUGAAAAUGCUUUUUAGAAUAAAUUUUACACUUCCAUUUCAAAGUCUCUUAAGGGUCACUGGAACCAUCUUUAGUGAAUGCAGCUCUUACAGUUUCUGCAUGUCACGUGUAUAUGUGAAUGUAUUUUUAUUCACUUGUUUGUAGAUAUUUUGUUUUGUAAAAAUUUGUUAUAGUUAAAAUGUGUACUUUUUCAGUUUACAAUAAAUUCUGUGAAUUGCACAUGA